CCUUCAUCCCACUUGCCCCCUCGUUAACAUAUUGCUUCUUUUCUGCCUUCGAUUCCUGGUUUUGUUUUAAUCUAGCUUGACCCCUUGUGCACUAGCGAUCCAGCCACCCAUGGCUUCCACCGUUGAAGUUGCAUCCUCCUUCAUCGAGGGUGCCCCGCCCGGAGAGCUCGCCGAUGUUGUCGCAGAUGUCAAAUCUUUGACCUCCGACGGACCGGACAUUCUUCCUUCCCUGGCCCCGGCCUUCGAGCGCUACAACGAGACACAGCUGGCGACCGUGAAGCUUCCGGGUGCUAGUCAGGAGGUCCUGAUCACCGAAUACAACAAGCUGGAGGGAAAUCGGUACUUUGACGUGGAAAGCCAGACCUCGUUUGAGGUGGACCAUGUCACCCAGGAAGCGUCCGCCGCGCAAUCAUAUGUUCUCGAGUCGCAGAACGCGGACUUGAUCAAAUCCCUCCUCAAGUCCCUUGGCGCACACGCCCGCGAACACUACCGCAAUUGCUCAUACGGUGUCUAUCCCAUCGAGAACGACAGCGCCGUUGCCAUUGUCCUCGUAGCCAACCGCUACUCCCCGAACAACUUCUGGAACGGUCGCUUCCGCUCGAUCUACACCGUCCCCGUUUCGUCUUCGUCGACCGAGAUCUCUGGUAAGAUCCAGGUGGAUGUGCACUACUACGAGGACGGCAAUGUGGCGCUCAACACAACCAAGCCGAUCAACCUGUCCGUGACGUCCUCGGAAGCUAGCGCCAUCAUGUCGCGCAUUGCGGGAGCGGAGCGCGACUACCAAGAAGAAUUGAACCGGGCUUUCGUACAGAUGGCGGAGGGAUCGUUCAAGGGGCUGCGCAGACAGUUGCCGAUCACUCGGCAAAAGGUCGAGUGGGAGAAGGUUGGCGGCUACCGCCUGGGACAGGACAUCUCUGGUGGAAAGGGACGGUAGUUUCACCGUGGACAUUGGAUUCGUGCAUGCAAGUGAGCCAGGUUUAUGUGUGCAGCAGACAGCAGGUAGUUCUAAUGGGUGCGUAAAUAGGUAGUUGGUAAGAUGCGCAGAAUGUAGAUAAGCGGGAUCCGCGAUCCCGAUUAGCCUUGCCUUGCAGACACCGUAUCGAGUAGCUCCAUCCGCUAACUGGAA